AUGGCAGGCACAGGCGAGCUACAUCGCAACUUAUCAAUGCCGAGACUCACGGCUCCUCUACCUUUAGUAUCUAUAUUUGGCAAUACACUAGAUGCAGGACAGUUAGCAGAACCCAGUCCACCCGAACAUACAGCUCCAAUCUCGCAACACGAACCUGUCGGUCUUACGUUGCACGGAACACGGUUGAGAUACUUCCCCAAGCCCAUAUCUCAACGGCUCAAAGAUCGGUCUUUAGACAUAAAGGUUUUAUAUACCCAGUCGCUUUACGAAUCCAUCUCGAAAAGGAAGAAGGACCCUGGCAACAUUUCGAUGAAGCUCAGACAUCUAGGCCUUGAUUCGCAGAACACUGCACUAUACAUAGACAUCCAGUGCGAAAAGAGGGUCGCAAAGAAAGUCAGAAGAUUCUUUGCACAGGAGCACGUGGAAGAAGAGCUUUUACCAGACUUUCGAGUCUUGGUCUUGAACAACCCACCUGUGGAAGUUGCGAACGACGACGCGAUAGAUGUCUUUUCCGACUCCCUUCCCGACAAGACAAUGUGUGGAAUGUCUAUUAAAUUGAGCGGGGGUGGCAAAUUCGUCAGCUGUACUCUCGGUGGGGUUAUCGUUGUUGAAACCGACCAGACACGUUUGUAUGGACUCAUAGCUGGGCAUCCAUUGAAGAGAAUUCGAGGGGAGCCUUUUGACAAGCGACAAAUGUACGAAGCUUAUGGGUCAUCAUCGUCGGAAGAAGAAGAAGAUUCAGACAGCGACGACACCUCUACAGACAAAUCGGUGAUACCUUCGAAAUCGGUACAUUCCGAUAUCGAGAGAACUUAUAAUGACGUUCUUCUGCGAACAAACUUCAGUAUUGGGACUGUUGUUUGUGACUCUUUCAGUGUCCAAUCAGGAAGAAACUGCGACUGGGCACUCGUAGACCUCAACCAGGAAUAUGCGUUGCCGAAUGUAGUGAUUCCAAAUGAACAGCCUCAAGAUUCUAAUUUUCAAGAUGACAAACCAGAAAUCACCCUUCAUUACGAGUAUCCUCCCUGGACAGCCCCCCCAAAGCAAGUCUUUGUGCUAAAACAAGGAAAACCUUGUAUCGCCGAAUUGUCCUUCGAUACUUCUUCACUUAUGAUAUCCCCUGGGUCGACAUUCAUUGAUAGUCAUGAUGUUAUUAUGAAGGAUGGCUCCUCAUUAUGCCCUGGCGAUUCUGGUCUAUGGGUGGUAGAUACAGAGACUUCGGGCUUGUAUGGGCAUGUUGUCUCCGUGGAUGCGUUUGGGGAAGCCCAGGUGAUGCCUAUUCAUCCCACCUUUGAGAGCAUCAAACGGCAGAUGAGAACAAACCGAGUUUUCCUCGCCACAAGUCUAGCUGUUAAUCAGCUGAAGGGUGAUCUGCAGGAGCCACAUUCUUCCGCUCUACCAAGGCUAAAUGCACCAGGAUUGAGACCGACACUUGAGUCGAUUGUGCGUUCAGAGGAGGACUCUCUACAAGACAAAUUCCCACGGGGGACAAUUCCUCAACCUGCCCAAAGCAUAUUCGUGGAACCUCGUGCCCCGUUUCCCCCACUACAACGCAAGAGGUAG